AUUUUUCUGUUGCCAAACAGAGCGUUAGGUGGAUAUAACAAGUACACAUUGUGCACUAAAAGGGAUUUUUGAACUGCUCUCCUCUGCAACACUCAAGCAUCUGAUUGAUUCAAAACAAAAUUGGCAAUUGUUUCAAACAAAACUCUAAAUUUAAAGUCUAAAACAUUUUGUAAACAAUGUUGAAAUGGUUUCUCCACAAGAAUGUUGCUUUAGAUCUAAUCACAACAAAAUCACAAUCAACAACCCCAAAAUUCAACCCUCUUCUUCAACAUUUGUAUUCCUCAUUUUCAUUCAGAUAUUGCAGCACAACAACAACCACAUCACCAUCACAAUCACAAUCAGAAUCAGAAUCAGAUAGACAUCCAUUUCCAGUAUCAUACCUCAUCAACGAUUUUGGUUUCUCAACUCAAUCAGCUCUCAAAGCUUUCAACAAAAAACAGGUUCGUUUCAAUACCCUAGAAAAACCUAAUUCAGUUAUCACAUUUUUCAAAAGCCAUGGUUUUUCAUACUCCAAGAUAUGUAUCAUCAUUAGAAAACAACCAUGGUUACUUUCAUUAGAUCCCCGCAAAAGGUUAUUGCCAAAGUUUAAAUUUUUUCUAUCCAAAGGUGUUUCUUCCUCUGAUAUUGUUUCAUUGUUGACAGAAAACCCUAGAAUUUUACAAUUUGGCUUGGGGAAACGAAUAAUCCCUCUUUUUGAAUUAUUAAGUAGAUACUUGAAAACCAAUAAGGAUGUCAUUGUUUGCUUAAUUCGACAUUCGUCUUCAUUUUCUGUUUGUCCCUGUCGUCGUAUUGUGGCUAAUAUCAAAUUGAUGAGAGAUUUUGGGGUAUGUGAUUCUGCCAUUGAGAGAUUGUUUCAAACAAGGCCGUCUAUAUUUGGUUCAAAUGAUUUGAUUAAGUCAUUGGAGGAAGUUAAGGGUUCAGGGUUUGAUCCUUCAAUGACUAUUUUUGGGACUGCUUUGAUGACCAUUUGGGAUUAUAAAUUUGAUACCUUUAAGAAAUGGGGUUGGUCUAAUCAAACUGUUAUUCGAGUAUUUAGGUUUCAUCCUGAUCUGUUGUCUACUUCCAUUGAUAAGAUUAAUUUGGUGAUGAAUUUUUGGGUCAAUCAAUUGGGUUGGGAUUCCUUGGCACUUAUUAAAUGUCCACAUAUGUUUGGUUAUAGUUUACAUAAAAGGAUCAUUCCAAGAGCCUCAGUGUUGCAAUAUCUUUUGACGAAAGGUCUGCUAGAAAAGAAUGCAAGCUUAGUUAAGCCAUUUACUUAUUCUGAGAAGUUGUUCUUGAGCAAGUUUGUUUUUAGGUUUAAGGAGUCUGAUUAUCUAUUAAAGCUAUAUGAGGACAAAAUGAAACUUGAAUACACAGAGGAGAAGAACAAUGGCAUGCCGUUCACUAAAUAGGUAAUUCCAUAAUCUUCUUUUGUAAUGUAACCUUAGCUGGUUAGUUCUUAUACAUGUUUGUUGAGAUCAUGAGAUGAGAAGGAGGGUGCUAGAACUUCCAAGUUUGCAAUGCAGAAUAAAACGAGCUGUCGUAUUUUAUUUUUUUGCAUAAAGAAAAACAGUGAAAUAACAACUACACAAGAAAGGAGGGCAGCAUAUGCGAUUGGAAAAAGUGCAACAUGUUCUUCAUCCAAAGUGCGCAAAUCAAGCUACACUUCAGAGCUUUUGAUGGUAUCAUUAAGCACUACUGCCAAGACUGUAGAUUGUUCUUGAAUGAAUGUUUCUUUUCUGUUAUUGAUUCUCUUAUGUAAGUAUAGAGAAUAGGUUACAUAUGAGUGAAUAAAGAAGUAUAAUGAGUGAAAUUCUCUUAUGUUUUUUAAAUGGUAUCAAACCCCCCCUCCCUUGGGAAGUUAGGAAUUCAUUUAUUUAAGUUUGUCUAAACUAGAGAAUGCUAUAGUUUUUAAGGGGAUUGGAAUCCUUUUUGUAUCUUUUCCUUGUAAUCAAUAUACAGAUUCAAGUGUGCACAAUUUCAUGACAGCACUAAAAACAAGUUUUAUGCACCUUUUGCCUUUUGUUAAUUGAUUUAUAGGAAAUAGUCAUU